AUGUCCGACUCCAAGAUCGGCUCCCAGCCGAAUACCACUCAGCACGAGGAUAUCGAGCCGACAGAGAAGCAUGUCAGCCUUGAAGAUACUUCAGGGCAUAUGCUCCACAAACAGCUGGAAACUCGCCACAUGACCAUGAUUGCCCUUGGCGGUGCGCUGGGAACAGGUUUACUCAUUGGAACCGGCUCUGCACUGGCCAAGUCAGGCCCGGCAGGAGUCCUUAUCGACUACAUCCUUGUCGGCUGGGUCGUUUUUGUUAUCAUGACCGCUCUGGGUGAGAUGGUCUCGUACUUGCCCUUGGCUCAAGGAUUCGGCGGCUACGCCACGCGCUUCGUGGACCCGGCACUCGGCUUCGCGACAGGUUACACGUAUUGCUUCAAGUACAUGAUUGGUACAGCCAAUCAGCUUUCGGCCUUUGCUCUCGUUAUGAAGUACUGGGUAGGCGACAGCGUAAACCCAGCUGUCUUCAUCACUGUCGCACUCGUUGGAAUAAUCCUCAUCAAUAGCGUCAAUGUACGGGCGUUCGGCGAGGUGGAGUUUUGGCUAUCGCUGCUCAAGGUCCUCACCAUGGUAGGCAUUAUUCUCCUACUUUUUAUCCUUGCCGUCGGCGGCGGUCCGUCGGGCGAUCGACCAGGCUUUCGAUACUGGCGCGAUCCCGGUCCCUUCGCCGAGUUCAAGGUGGAGGGAGACACAGGCCGCUUUUUGGGCGUCUGGUCUGCAUUGGUCACCGCCGUUUAUGCAUUCACGGGCACUGAACUGGUGGCCGUGACGGCUGGCGAGUCCAAGAACCCCCGCCUGAGCAUGCCGAAAGCUGCUCGCUUGAGCUUUUAUCGCGUCUUUUUCUUCUACGUCCGGUCGGUCCUUUUCCUUGGCAUGGUGGUCCCCUACAACUCCGAGGCGCUCGCAUUCGCGACCCAUGCCAGCAAAUCUGCCGCCGCCUCACCCUUCGUGGUAGCUAUCAAGCUCGCAGGAAUUAAGGGCCUUGACCAUGUCAUCAACGGCUGUAUAGUCCUAUUCGUUCUUUCCGCCGCCAACUCGGACUUCUAUAUCGCUUCCCGAGGACUGUACGGCAUUGCUGCUGAUGGAAAAGGUCCGACCAUUUUUGCUCGCACAACCAGAAAUGGAGUGCCUUGGGUGUCUGUCGUUCUCUGCAUCCUGAUGUGUGGGCUGGCAUACAUGUCUGUCGCAGCGAGUGGUGCCAAGGUGUUCGGCUACCUUACAAGCUGCGUAACUGUUUUUGGUAAGCUCAGUACCUCCUCCGAGCCAAGCCCCUUCCAAGCACUGACUUCAUCAGGUCUCCUGGUUUGGAUGUCGAUCUUGCUAUGUCAUAUCGCGUUCCGUAGGGCUCAGUCGAUUCAAGGAGUCGAUCCUGCCUAUAUCGCUUACAGAGCGCCGUUCGGAAUAGUGGGCUCAUACAUUGCGUUGGGUUUCCUUACUGUCCUUAUCAUCACGAAGGGAGCCGAGGUCUUUGUUGGUGACGAAUUUGACUACAAGACAUUUAUCCUGGGUUACAUCGGCAUCCCGGUUUACUUGGCCCUGUACUUGGGUUACAAGUUCAUUACCAAGACUUCAUACGUCAGAGCAGCAGGUGCUGAUCUUAUCACGGGCGUCCCCGCGAUUACUGUCGCAGAGGAAAAAGCUAGGUAUGAAGCUCGCCAGAAAGAGCGGGAGGAGGCCAACCCUCGCGCCUAUUGGGUCCGCAAGUUGUAUGGGCUCGUUUCAUGGUUAUUCUGA